AUGUUAUUGCCGAUUGUUGCACUCGCCCAACUCUUCGCGACUGUGCUGAGUGCGACGGUGGUCGCGCCCAGUGCAUGGGAUUUCCAAUACCCAUGGCCACUGCACUACUACAGCUUCACGUCGCAGCGGGCGAACCUAUCCAUGGCUUACAUGGACGUCUUACCCGUCAAUUCCACAUCCUCUAUUGAUGCGACAAUCGUCCUUCUCCACGGCAAAAAUUUCUGUGGCGCGACUUGGGAGGACACCGCAAAACGGCUGUCUUCGCGGGGCUACCGGGUUAUCAUUCCUGACCAGAUUGGCUUUUGUAAGUCAUCGAAACCGCCAGCAUAUCAAUUCUCGCUACAGCAGCUGGCUCAAAACACACGGCUCUUACUGCAAUCACUCGGGAUUGAGCGAGCACAUGUGCUGGGUCACUCCAUGGGCGGCAUGCUGGCAGCCCGCUUCGCGCUCAUGUACCCCGACAUCACUUCCCACCUCAUCAUGACCAAUCCUCUCGGCCUCGAGGACUGGAAAGCACUCGGUGUUCCCUGGAGAUCACUGGAUUUGCUUUAUCAGUCCGAGCUUGCAACCAAUUAUACUUCCAUACGCACCUACCAGCAAGCCACGUACUACGUCAACACCUGGAAACCAGAGUACGAUGUCUGGGUCAACAUGCUCGUCUCUCUUUAUCAGGUUGCGGGAGAGAAUGCGACGUUUGCUUGGAACAUGGCCCAGACUACAGACAUGGUGCUUACACAACCUGUGGUAUACGAGUUCGAGCUCGUCAAGGCAAAGACGCUGUUGAUGAUUGGUACCAAGGAUACCACCGCCAUAGGCAAAGCGUGGUCUCCUCCUAAAGUGCAAAAUGUGCUCGGGAAAUAUGAGGUCUUGGGGAAGCAGGCAGCGUCGAGGAUUCCAGGGGCGGAAUUAGUGGAAUUCAACGAUCUUGGCCAUAGCCCCCAGGUUCAGGAUAGUGAGCGGUAUCACCGGGAAUUAAUCUCAUGGCUGGAUCGUACAGGUUAG